UUGUCGUUCACUCUGUUUAUCCAGUAUGCCUAUAAAUUGGUGACAGUGACACAAAAUGAAACGUUCUGGUGUAAAACUUGGCCACGUAACACUUGGAUGAUCUGUAAUGCAGUUGGUAAACAGAAGCGCAGGUUUUUAGUCGACGUUCGUUGGAAUCUACUGUCUUGUAGGGUCCUGUCAUGGGGAAGUCUAAACAAAAAGGAAAUCACAAGAGUGACAAGAAGAAGAAUAUCGCAAAGACAUGGAAGACGAAGCGCAGGACCAAAGACUUGGACCAGAUCCACACAGACAUGAAGCCCGAGGUGGCAAAUAAACUGCUGCAUCAGGAGGUGGACUAUGAUGUGACGGGAUGCGCACAACACUACUGCUUACACUGCGCGAGAUAUUUUGUGGAUAUGAGGUCCUUGAAAGAGCACUUCAAAAGUAAAGUGCACAAAAGACGGUUGAAGCAGCUCAGAGAGGAGCCCUACACCCAGGCAGAGGCAGAGAGAGCCGCAGGAAUGGGCUCCUACGUCCCUCCAAAAGCAGUUGAAGUGAAGACACAGCCAAUAGAAGAGGACAUGGACUGAGCAUGGGCCGUAUUAAACCAUGAUGGACUGAUUAUAUGUAUAAUCUGUAUAUAUUUAUUGUCGUCACAAAGUCCAGAAGCAUUGCUAAAUGCUUUUUGUGACAGAUAAUGUUAUUUCUUCAGCCAGCUGUGAUAUAGAUCUGGGUGUUUAAUAUCGAUCUACAGACACAGAAAGACUUUUCACUAUAAUCAAGUGCAGCAUAGUACUGAUUCCACAAAAUUAUGUGGAAUAAUGAAUGAUAUCCAAUUGGAUAAUUGCUGAAUGGGUGUUGGAGGGAUGCUUUUCAACCUUAAAUAAAUGAAUAAAUAGAGUCUUA